CUAAUUCUAAAUCCAAUGAAACAAAUAGAAAAGUGAAAACUGGUGAACACUUUGUCUUUCUCAAAUAUUUUAGUUCAGUUUCGACUUAAUUGUGCAAGUUAUUGUAAAAUUAAAAAAAAUGAGCUGUUUCGAAAACAUAACAUUGCCUGACUGCGCGUGGUUUGAGGCUGGAGAAAAGCGCAACGUUCUUGCAUCCAUAUUAUCUGGGCUUUUGUUUUUUACGGGUUGGUGGUUUAUUAUUGACGCAGCAGCUGUGUAUCCAGGUGAUCUCCCGAAUGCAUCACAUGUUUGUGGAGUCAUGGCCACUCUGUCUCUCCUAAUGGUCAAUUCUGUAUCUAAUGCACAGGUGAGAGGGGAGACUUACACUGGAGGAUGUAUGGGUCCCCGAGGAAGUAGGCUGUGGCUGUUCCUUGGCUUUGUGAUUGGAUUUGCUUCACUUAUUGCUGCUUGCUGGAUACUUUUUGCAAAUUAUGUUAAUGCUGGAAGCAGUAAGCACACUUGGCCUGGAGUGAGUUUAUUUUUACAAAACGCUUUUAUAUUUGCCGGAUCUUUGGUAUUUAAGUUUGGCCGCACUGAAGAUGUAUGGGGUUAAUUAUGAACAUAGUAUAAGGUAUAUUAUACUCUUGCAGUAUCUUAUUUUUUUGUGUUGACUGAAUUUUCGAAUAUAGCAUUAUCAGUCUGUCACCUUAUGUAAAACAAUUUUCAUAAUUUUAGGCUAUGAGAGAUUUUUAUGAUUAUUCUGUUUUCAAAUAUAUAUCACAUUUAAUUUUUCUUACUAUCAUUCUCAAAUCAUUGUAUGUAAAAUUACGAAAGAAAACAAUAAAUUGUUGUGAAAAUGGUAAAUUUGUGUACAGGGUGACUCCCAGUAAAUAAAAUAAAAAGUAUUUAGAUUACAUUAAAUAUUUCUAAUUUCUAUAAAUAAUAACAAGAUAAAAAUAGCAAGGCAUAGGCUUUAAACGAUAAUCUUAGUAUUUAACUGUCAUAUUUGAGAUUAAAAGAGAACAGUUUGCCUUUUGUUUUAUACAUUAUGGUGGCUGGUAUAUACUUGCUGAGAUUUCUCAGCCUCAGCAAGAUUGAGUGUGUUGGUUCAUGCGCCUCUUAAACUCUCGGCCGCGUGUCCAUUCCAUGAAUCAGAGAGAAAAAUUGGCCAGAGGCUCUCAUUGUGUGUGUUAAGCCAUAAGAUAAAUUUAAUAUUUUAGCCAAAAAUCUUAUUUCAUAGAUAAGAUUCAUAUUAUUUAGACAAAUACUCUUUCUUUCCUUUUUUUAUAGUACUUUUAAAUGAUUAUGUAUCUACAAAUGGUUUGAAUUUAAAUCAAACUGUUUAUAUAAAAAUAAUUGUAUUUAAAAUAUUCAAUGUUAUUUGAAUUUUAAAUGAAACAAUUUUCAUUUAUUAAUAAAAUAUAUUUACAUUGUAGACAAAUCCCGAU